GUUUACUCAUUUAUCUACUCUGCUCACACCAAACCAACCCCCCAGAAAAGAGAACUUUAUUCAGAUAUCAAUCAAUCAGUCAUGUUCUCUCCAAUACUCUUCGGUUUCUCAAACCCGAAUUCUUGUCUGAUCUUGAUAUUCUUCUCGUUCUACUUUCACCAUCUUCCUUGUGCUCUAAGUCAACCAGACCUUAAGUUUUGUGAUAACCUGUUUCACUGUGGGAAUAUAACAGCGGGGUUUCCUUUCUGGGGAGAGGCUCGACCAGAACCUUGUGGUCAUCCUUCUUUGGGGCUUCACUGUCACCAAAACUCGAACAAGACUUACUUUAUUUUCUCAGGUCAGAUGUACAGUGUCCUUUUCUUAGACAAUUCAACUAACACCCUUGGGCUCGCGAGGCAAGACUUUUUAGGUGUAUCAUUCUGCAAUUCUACUUUAACCGGUACAACGUUGACUAAUGAACUCUUUCAGCUUUCGCCAGAGUACACGACCCUCUUUGUUUACUAUCUCUGCGAACCUCAUCUCACCAACCCCGCAAAUUUCAAAUGUCCAAAGAUUGGUAUUGCCUCAUUGCAUCGGAGCAAUGAAAAUCAUAAAAAGUGUUCUGCGAGUUUCAACAUCACUGUUCCCACAAGUUAUGCUCCAGAGAUUAAAUCUCUGAACUUGGCCCGUUUACAAAGUGUUCUCCGAAAGGGAUUUGAGGUGAAACUGAGGAUUGAUGGGAGACCGUGUCAAGAAUGUAAAUCCACUGGUGGAGUCUGCGGCUACGAUGUUGGCACUCCUGUUUGCUGCAAGAGAAACUCUUCAUCCAAAAUCAAAUGCAAUCGAAUGAUUCCAUCUGUUGAUGAGCAUCACAAAAAAUGCCAUCCAUCGUUUACAUGCGCCAAUCAGAGAGGACUCUCUUAUCCCUUUUGGAUACCGGGGAGAAAAGAGUGUGGCCACCCGGAUUUCAAGGUCAACUGCAACGGAGAUGUCGCAGAGUUUAGUAUAUCCUCUGUUAAGUUCCAAAUCCUUGAGAACAAGGGUUACAGCAUAAUACUUGCCAUAAAGGAUUAUCAAAGCAAUCUUUGUCCCCGACACCCUGAAAAUGUUAAAAUCAACCCGGAUGUUCUUCCAUUUUCUCAGGACCAUAUGCUGUCAAUAUUUUAUUACAACUGCUCUGCUCCAAGGGUAGAUGUUCCUCACGGUUUUCACAUUAGAAAGCUGGACUGUGGGAAUGACAAUGGUAGGCGUAGUUACUUUGUCUCGUCCGCUUUAUAUUCCUGGGAUAGAGCUAUCUUAGAAAAUUCAAGCGCAUCGUGUGAAAGAAAUGUCAGUAUUCCUGUAUCUCGAUAUGCCUUGAGUAUUGAAGACGGAAGUCCGACUCUGGAGGCUAUAGAGAAGGUUCUUAAGGAUGGGUUCGAGGUUAUGUUUACCACUGAAUGUUGGAAAUGCAAAAAAUCGUAUGGUUCUUGUGGUUAUAAUGAUAGCUCGAGAGCAUUCGUUUGCUACUGUGUGGACGGGCCUAGUAACCAUACUUGCGAUUCUGGGAUACCAAAGAAGAGACCCUACAGACCUACAAAAUCAGCACUCACCCACAAACAGAAACUAGGAAUCGGAUUCGCUGGCGGGUUCUUGGGUGCCACUCUUUUAGCAGGAGCUGUACUCUGUUUCAUAUGGAGAAGAAAGAAACUGGCAGCUCAAAACACAAGCAAAGGCCUAUCAACGACAUCUCCUUAUUCAAGCAGUAAUACAAUGUCCAACACUCCAACUUCCACAACAAUCUCCGGAAGCAACCACUCUCUCAUGCCGUCAAUCUCCAACCUUGCAAAUGGAAGCGACGUCUACUUCGGAGUUCAAGUCUUCAGCUACGAAGAACUCGAGGAAGCCACCGCGAAUUUCUCAAGAGAGCUUGGAGAUGGAGGAUUUGGUACUGUCUACUACGGCAUACUAAAGGACGGACGAGCAGUAGCUGUAAAACGACUCUUCGAGAGAUCACUAAGACGAGUUGAGCAAUUCAAGAACGAGAUUGAUAUCUUGAGGAACUUGAAACACCCGAACCUAGUGAUUCUAUACGGAUGCACGACAAGACAUAGCAGAGAGCUACUCUUGGUGUAUGAAUACAUCUCUAAUGGCACACUCGCUGAUCAUCUCCAUGGAGACCAAGCACAGUCUCGUCCUAUUUGCUGGCCUGCAAGACUCAACAUCGCCAUUCAAACCGCUAAUGCAUUGUCUUUUCUCCAUGCCUCAGGAAUCAUACACAGAGAUGUGAAGACUACAAACAUUCUUCUAGAUAGCAACUACCAAGUGAAAGUAGCUGACUUUGGUCUCUCACGGUUGUUUUCCACGGAUCAAACUCAUAUCUCCACCGCGCCGCAAGGAACCCCGGGAUAUGUUGAUCCCGAGUAUUACCAAUGUUACCGCCUCAACGAGAAGAGCGACGUUUACAGCUUCGGAGUCGUCCUCUCGGAGCUGAUCUCGUCCAAAGAAGCAGUCGACAUCACUCGGCAUCGACACGAUAUCAACCUCGCGAACAUGGCCAUCUCCAAAAUCCAAAACGACGCCGUCCACGAGCUUGCGGAUCUGACUCUCGGAUUCGCGAGGGAUCCUGCGGUAAAGAAGAUGAUGAUGUCGGUUUCUGAGCUGGCGUUCCGGUGUUUGCAACAGGAGAGGGAAUUGCGGCCGUCGAUGGAUGAGAUCGUCGAGGUUUUGAAAGGGAUUCAGAAGGAAGGGAUGCGAGAUUUUCCGGAGGUGGUGGACAUUGAUGUGAGCGGAGGAGAUGACGUUGUGUUGCUAAGGCACGGUGUUCCUCCGCCGUUAUCGCCGGUCACUGAGAAAGAGACAAGUAGCUCGAAUACGACGGCGAGUUCGUUUUGAGAGUGUAGUAGGAGAGACUUUGGACUCUCCCCUCAACGAGGGUUCGGCGUAAGUAUAUAUAACCAUUGUGAAUUUCACCUUUUCGCUUUUAUUUUACCUGACGUCUGAAUUUUUGACUUUUUUCUGGAGUAUUUUGAUAUUUUCACAAAAUGAUGUCUUCAACUAGUAGUUUGAUCUCAUUUGUAUCAAAAUGACAAAUAAAAUCGAGUGUUUAUGGAAUUUGUCAUUUCAUAAAACACUCUAAAAUCUA